CAUUCCCGGAGAGCUCCCGGGGGGAACCGGCGGCUGAUGCGCUCACAUCCCGAGCAGCUCCCCUGGAGUCGGCAGCUCCGUCGGAGCCUUCAUCCCUCAGGACACGUCUGGGCUCUUGGCCUCGGGCUCAUCCUCCCCCCGCCCCAGGCUCCUCCGCCCUCACCAGCCCCUUCCUCCUCCUCCUGCUGCUGCUGCUGCCGUCGCGGGGCUGUCGCGGCGCCAGCGGGUGGUGACAGUCCCCUCCGCCCGCCCUGCCCUGCAGCCCCAUGGCCGGGAGCGCUGAGAUGGCGUCCCUGGAAGAGAGUUUCCGCAAAUUCGCCAUCUACGGGGACACGAAGGCCACGGGGCAGGAGAUGAACGGGAAGAACUGGGCCAAGCUGUGCAAGGACUGCAAAGUCACCGACGGCAAGAGCGUCACCAGCACCGACGUGGACAUUGUCUUCUCCAAGGUGAAGGGGAAGACAGCCCGGGUGAUCAACUACGAGGAGUUCAAGAAGGCUCUGGAGGAGCUGGCCCCCAAGAGGUUUAAGGACAAGAGCAAAGAGGAGGCCUACGAGGCCAUCUGCCAGCUGGUGGCAGGGAAGGAGCCCAUCAACGUGGGCGUCACGAAAGCCAAGACGGUGGGGGCGGUGGAGAGGCUGACGGACACCUCCAAGUACACGGGCAGCCACAAGGAGCGUUUCGACGAGAGCGGCAAGGGCAAGGGCAAGAGCGGGCGGGAGAACAUCGUGGACACCAGCGGCUACGUCAGUGCCUACAAGAACGCGGGCACCUACGAUGCCAAAGUGAAGAAGUAGGGAGGGAGGGGUGCGGGUGGCACCCACCGCCCCGCUCCCUGCGCUCGGCCGCGGGGCCGGCGCUGGUGGCACCUUGGGGAGCUGGGGGGACCUGCCCGCCCCAGGUGGGACCCCUGGGGGGGCUGCGCUGGGACCAGCCCCAGGCGGGCGGGAUGUCGGCAGCCCCGCGCUGUACGUGGUUGGGAAAAAGUCGCUCUGUCUGCGUGUGUGUCCCUGUGCCAUCACCCCCCAGCCCCCUCCCGUGUCCCCCGCCCACCCACCCACCCACCCCGCUGUCCCCCCCCCGCCUCGCCGCACCCCCCAGCACCGCUCCUCGGGGCUCCCCGCCUCGCUGGCACCCGGAGCUUCCCUACCUCAGCCCUGCCUUUCGGGGCACCCUCCCUGCCACUCGUGUGUGUGUCCCCCCCCCCCACACACACACCUCCCGGGGACCCGCCUCAGCCCCGCACCGCUCCCACCGCAGCCCCGACACCCCCCGCCCCCCCCGGGACCCGCUCCCGGGGCUGCAUCCCGGGGGGGGGGGGCGAGGGGGGGGAAGCGGGUGUUGCCCCCCCGGCCCCGCACCCCCCCGCUGCCUUCCCGAAGGCUCCACCAAAGGACCCUGCAGACCCGCGCUGGCCCCCGGCUCUGCAAUAAAACCCCCUCGGCACUGAC